CUCUCUCUCUCUCUCUCUCUCUCUCUCUCUCUCUCUCUCUCUCUCUCUCUCUCUCUCUCUCUCUCUCGACCGCGACACCGAUUCGUCGAUCCCGCGGAUACGACUUUAUCGUAGGAUCGAUGAGACACAGCGAGACCGCGACGCGCGAUUUUCUCUCGUUUGUCGUCGUUUUCGUGGCGGUGGGACGAUCCUCGAGAGCCUCGUCCCAACCGAGUUCCUUGACCGAGUACACCGAUGUCGCUCCCCGCCGAAUCGUUGGCAGUUGGGUAGUUGCCACUGGAAGUAGAACCACGGAUCGGAUACAUCGGUACAUGACAUGUGACCGAGCUGUGCCUCCUCUCCAACUCUUCGCCGCACGGGUCAAACGUACCACGAUUCGUGAGAUACGCGAUCGAAGAUUAGUUCAUCGGAUCGGUCAUCGAAAGCCGGGAUCAGAGAGGAAGAGGAAGGGAAAGAACGCGUAGGGACGCGUGGAAAAGUUUCGUCGCGAGCGUGAUGACGUCUCGCGUUCGUGGCUGUUCGUCGGACGCGAAGGAAGGAUCGAAGAUGAGCUCGUUAUCAACGCGCGCCAAGGAUCGUUUCCGCGACGAGGAUCGUCGGGAGGAUCGUCGGCCGUCCAACUGGCCGUCCAAGAGCAGCAGCAGCGUCGGGAAUCGUUACCAUUUCGGGAUGACGACGAGGAACGAGGAGAAGGACGAGGUGGGCAAGAACGGCGAGCUGAGAGACUACGAGGAAGACUACGGGGACGCGGACGUGUUGUACAAAAAGAGCAAGGAACACUUUGGCGCGUGGGAUAUCAAGGACAUAGUGCAGGAGGAGAGUUUCGGGUCGAGGAGGCAGACGGAUCGAGGAUUGACGAACGGCCGGUCGAGAACGCAAGAUCGGUGUUGCGUGAUCGACGACGACGACGGGUUCGAUCGGGAACAAGUUGCUGGAUCGCAUAGGUCGAGGAAAAAGGUGGAGAGCUCGGAUGGCUCGUCGAGAUCGGGUCGUCGCACGUCGACGACGACGAGGGACGACGAGAUGGAACUUUCGAAAGAGAUGGAGAGUUUGGCCGUGGACGGAAGAUCGGGCGAGGAUCGAGGGAUCAAGACGAUGAUCGAGCGGUUCAAGCGCAGGGAAGAGGAUAGGUCCACGAAGUUACGAGGUAAGGAGUGCAACUCGAUCGGUACCACCGAGAAGGAGGAGGAGGGGUACGGGUCGAGAAGUGGAGGUCGAGGUGAACUUCGUACAGAUCGUGUCACGGAUAUUAACGAUCGCGAUAGAGGCAGGAUCCAGAAAGACGAUCCGGCGGAGGAGCGCGGACGAUCCAGAGGAUCCAAGUUGGGAGGGGCGGAGAAAUACGGGCAAGCGGAGGUCGGCAGAAGUCGUUCCGUGGAUCGAAGGAUGGAAAAGUUGAACGACGCGAGAAAGACGCGUUCGAAGGAUACGGUGGAGGACGACGUUUCUCGGAGGAGAGAGAACAAUUUAAGGAGACGAAGUUACAUCUACGACGGUAGCCCGGAUGAUUUCGAGGUGAGGAUACAGAGGUACGAGAGAGGUGGUGGGGUCGAUCCCUCGCCGAGGAGGGAUUCGUUCAAGGAUCCUCACGAUCGACGGGUAACUGGGAAGAGUUCGUUCAACAACGAGUCUUGCGACCCGAGAAGGAACCGCUCUCGGGAUCGCGAGAGCCCUACGGGAAAGAAUUCGUUCAAAAGCCAGGACGGGGAGAAGAAAUACUCGGCAAGGGAUCCGGAACGACACGUUUCCAGAAAGAGUUGGUCGAAGGAGCAAGGUUACGAAGGAGCCGGGAGGAAGAAUUCCUUCAAGGAAUCGGAUUCGGACUACGGAAGAAUUUUGCCUUUGAAGAAUCGAGACGUCGACGAGAAGGAGAAAGAGAAGGAGGAGGAGGAGGAGGAGGAGGAGGAGGAGAGGAAGCGAUCGCUCAAAGGGCGUAAUUCCGAUACCGGAGUCAGUCGAAUCACUUUCGUGAAACAACGGGACGCCGAUUCGAGCAGAGUACAAGGCUCGUACAAGGAUCGGGAGGCGGACUCAGGGACGUUGAGGGUGAGCUUCGACGAGGAUCGCCAAGUCGCGGGGGGGCGUAAGAACUCGUUGAAAGAAAAGAGCGUAGAAUUUGGCGGGAUCUCGUACAGAGAUGAGAAGGAGGAGGGGGAUCGAAGAUCGGGCGGGCACAAGACGACGGCUCGGGGCGACAACGAGGCGAGUAGAGCCGGCCGAUCUUUUCGAAACUUGGACGAGAAGGCGAGAAGGAGGCAAUCGCCCAAUGGCCGGUACGUGGAAUUCGGCGGUGUCUGUUUUCAGAGCGAGGAGGACUCGUUGGAGCGGGCGAGCCCUUCCAACUACGAUCGAGACCACGAUUCGGAGAGGAAAAGCUGGUCGAGGGAACGGGGGGAGGAUCCCUCGUCGUCGUCGUCGAGGAGGCGAACGUCCUCGAGGAACCGGGAAGAGGGCGACACCGCGAAAAGACGCGCGGACAGGCAUUCGAGAGCGUUGACACCGCCGAAAGGGAGGGAGGAGCGCGAGGAAUUCGAUUCGAAGGCAUGGCACGAGAGCAACCGGAUUUUCGCCGCCAACUACAUCCGAGAGAACAGCAGAUACCGGGCGAAUCCGGAUGGGCGUUCGGAGAUCGAUCGAGAUCCCUCUCCCGAAUUCGAGAUCCAAGAAUGGCGGGACAACAGGAGGCGUUCGAGCGAACAAGUUGGAGGGUCGAACGAGUUGGAGGAGGACUCGAAGCCUCGGGCGUACGCGUUGGGAAACGGGGAACAUGGUUCGAGAGAUACGCGCGAGAGCGGAUACGCGUCCCACGAAGGGAGGAACGGGGCGACGAUCAUCAGGAUUAGAUCGAGCCCGGAAACGGGCGUCGAGAGGACGAGACGUCGUCGUCGUCCUGCGCAGGACGCGUACGCGGGAAGACGGAGGCAUCGCGAGGGCGAAGAGGACAGCGAGGAGGACGGGGAGGAGGAGGAGGAGGAGGAGGAGGGCGAUGAUCGGCACAGAGGGUUCCAGCGAGGAGGAGACGGAGGGUUUAUACCUGGAAGAGGCGUUUCCACACCUUCGAGAAGAGUCUGGAAUUACCGCGAAGGGGUAUGGCAUUUUCAUGAGUCAAUCGCGUUCGAUCGAUCGUUUAUGGUUCAGAAGCGGGAAGCGAUAUUCAUAAAUCGAUGGAGACGAUGAAAAGAGACGUGGUAAUUCUCGUAAAAAUAAAAAAAAAAAAAGAAA